GACGAUUUUAUGCAACAGGUUGUGUCCUUGGACUUUGCUGGCUAAACAUUAAUCAUUAUUAUUAUGUGCACUGUCACAACCUAACUAUAUGACUGGAAUGAAAGUUUCAACUCUUUAUAGAAUUUUUCCUCUGGGAAGCAAACAGAUUUUAAGAUGUCCAAGAGAACUGUCAAAGUUUCCAUUAAAAGUAAACAAAUGUUUUUACAAUGUUGCUUCCACACAACAAAAUUCCCAUUCUAAGGAUUAUGUCAUUGACCUGAAAAGUGACACAGUAACAAAACCAUCACCUGGAAUGAGGAAAGCUAUGGCUGAAGCCGAGGUUGGAGAUGAUGUGUAUGGAGAAGAUGAAACAAUAAAUGAAUUGCAAAGAAGAAUGGCAGAUAUGUUUGGAAAAGAAAAGGCUCUAUUUGUACCAACUGGAACUAUGGGGAAUUUACUAUCAAUGUGUGUGCACUGCCCUUCAAGAGGAGAAGAAGCCAUUCUAGGAAGUCGUAGCCAUAUAUUUGUCCAUGAACAAGGAGGCAUUGCUUUUAUUGCAGGAGUGUUGGCGUCAUUGAUAGAAAACAACCCAGAUGGUACUUUUGAUAUAGAAGUAAUGAAACAGAGAAUGAGACAAAUUGAUGAUCCUCAUUUCCCGUACACAAGAGUCGUAUGUUUAGAGAAUACACACAAUUUCUGUGGAGGAAAAGUUGUACCAUUGUCCUUUAUGGAGGAGGUAUACAAUAUAGCUAAAAGUGCUAAUGUAAAUGUACAUUUAGAUGGAGCUAGAGUAUUGAAUGCUGCUACAGCUUUGAAUGUUCCUGUCAAAGAUAUACUCAAAUAUACAGAUACUGUCAACAUGUGUUUUUCAAAGGGAUUAUCGGCACCAUUUGGUUCUGUUAUUGCAGGAACAGAAGAGUUUGUUGAUAAAGCUAGACGAUUACGUAAAGCUUUAGGCGGUGGUAUUAGACAGGGAGGUAUACUGGCUGCUGCUGCUAUGUAUGCUUUAGAUAAUGUACUUCCAAGGCUGCAUCUGGACCAUGAACAUGCCAAAGAAUUAUCAACAGGUAUUAUGGCAAGUCACAACAACCUAGUUAAUAUAGACCUCAGUGGAGUUCAUACAAAUAUUGUCUUUAUAACUAUGCUAAAAGACAAUGUUCCUUCACAGAUUUUACAUGAUAGGCUUCUGCAGAUAACAGAAGAAGAGAAAAAAGAAUUAGGAGAUGUUGUUAUUAUAAAGACAGUUGUUUACAGUGAUAAACUUUUAAGAUUUGUCCUGCAUAAUGAUGUUUCAUCUGAUGAUGUACAGCUAGCUAAGAAAAAGUUCCAAUUCAUAUUACAAGAAAUUGCAGAACAGAUGAAAUAAUCAUACAGGAGAAAAGUUCAGGGGCAUUCUUUUGUGUUUGUUUAGGAAAGCAUGUCAAUAUAUAUAUGUUUUUUAAGGAAGAUUAUUUUUAAACUCAUUCACUGAAUAUUAUCAAAAAUCUUUUGGACAUGCACUUUCAAAAGUAAAAAAUGCAAAAGUUUCUAUAAACUUAUAUCCGGUUUGCCUCAUUGGCAAUCAUACCACACUUUCUAAUUUAAAACAAAAAUUGAAAGUACUUUAGAAAUGUUUAGGACUUUGCAGUUUUCUUAAAGUUGCUAAUUUCAAAGACAAUUGGAACUUGUUUUUAUCAAAGAAACGGAGAAUAAUUUUUUAGUAUUUUAUGCCAUCCAGAAAUUGGUUGUGAAUAGUUCAUUUCCCAAUUACCGAUUUGAUUCUGUAAUUACCCACUUUUUAUACAAAUUACUUCCCUUUGUCAAUUAUAGACUGGUUCCAUAUUGGACAAAAUUAGCUUUUGCCAAUGCAAAGUAUGAUGAGUUGAAAGGGAUGUAUCGGCGGUUUAACUAAUUUUUCACAUAAAAAAAAUAAUUUUUGAUGUCAAAAGUAUUUAGUUUAACAACAAAUUAAUGUAAUUAAAAGAUUUGACAGCCUUAAAUAUUUCUCACAUUAUGCACAGGUAAAUUGCUUGUUCUGCUAGCUCUCCAUUAUAAAUGAAAAUUAAUGUCCAUCAUAAGGGAGACAACUGAAAGAGGGAUCUCUAAUUACAGGGUCAAAUGUGAGAAUUGGCAAAUAGCCUAUUGUUGAUGAAUUUUUAAUUAUAACUUAUAUAGGGCAUGGUAUAAUGUAUGUGUUAUGAAUCAUUUAUUACUUUGAAAGUGGCUUUAAGGACAUUUAUUUGUAAUUUUUGUUUUUGUAGAAAUUUACACUUAUUUGAUAUAUUAUAGAACUGUUAUCCAUUUGGAAUAUUAUAUAGAACUUUUUUUUCCUUAUUUUUAAAUUUAAUCAGAUAGAAAAAAUAUUAAACAGAUUGUAAGGAUUCUUUGUUAAAGUAAACAUAAUAUUUAGUCCCAUUAUGUUAUGAAUGACCAAGAAGUAAAAGUGUACAUAGAACAAUAUUAGCUUCAAAUUUACCAAAUUUUCCUAUAAAUUUGAUGUAGAAAAUACUUUUUAAACGUUUUUGACCAGUGAUAGAUCCGUGUUUUACUUGCUUGGAUACUGAUAAUUAAUAACUAUAUUUUUUUUACUAUUUUCUAUUCUCAAAACUACAUCUAUACAUUUAUGCUACAAAUCUACAACUCUCAGUUUAUGGCUACACUUGCUGUUCUUAUCUAUAGUCAUGAAUAUGUAUUAUCUAUAUAGGUGUGUCAAAAUCGUAUCAUAUGCAAUAAUGACCAUGCAGCCAGUACACACUGUAACGAUUUCAUUAACCAGUAUUAAAAAGAUAAAUAUAACACCAGUGAUGACAAAGUUCAAACACAGGUACCAUACUCAAUACUUUCAUUUAUACAAAUUGAUCAUGAAAAAUGUUUUUGUAUUUUGUCAUUUAUUCUGUACCUACAGCUAAGGGCUAUUCCAGAAAAAAAUGUAUGGGGGGUUGGAAGGCACAUUGUAUUAAUAAUACAUGGGUGAUGGGUAUCAGAGCAACUUUUCACACUAUAAUUCUCAAUUACAAUUGUCUGGGUGGAGGGUGCUGACAAAAACUGCCUUCCAACCCCCUACAUUUUUUUCUGGAAUAGCUCUAAGAUAAAGUUCUUUUACACAGACAGCAAAAUUAGACGCUAAAUGCAAAAUGUAGAACUCUUUUUGGUUCUUUUGUUGUCGAGAUAUUAUUGUAUUUGUUAUACAUGUUUUUAUCUCAGGAAAAAAAGUUAAUUGAAGAUUUACAUUUUAUCUAGUCAUUUUAGAAUGUCUCAUAUUACAAAAGUGUUGUUUUUUUUAAUCUUCAGUAUCAUUUUUACAAAUGUUUUAAAUAUUUAUAUAUACCUUUUCUAAAUCAUUCAAUCAGCAUUAAUAUAUACUGUAAAUUCAGAAAUUAUUGGGAUGUUAUUAGUAUUUCAAAAAUGCGACAGGGAUAUAAUCGCAAUAAUUUAAACUUACAUUUUGAUUUUUUAAACAAAAAUUUUCACAAUAUUGCAAAAAUUCAAAUCUUAUUUCAUUCUCAAUUGACAAAAUCACAAUAAUAAAUGCAUGCAAUAAUUUCUGAAUUUAACAGUAUUUCAUAUCAAGAUAUUUGCAGAAUGGAUAAACAGAUCUGUAUUAUUACUGAAAAUUCCAAUUUAAAAGUGGUGAACCAACACCUGAGGUAGUAAUUCUGCGGUUGGGUAAUAGCGGGUGGAUACCAUGUGGUAUUCACAGUUGUCUUUCACUAUAAAAGCAAAUAAACGAUAUUAAAGACAACAACACCCAUCAGUUACCGCAUGGUGAUUAAUUUAUUAUGGUCAACAUGUUUCGCCAA